GGCUCGGGGUGCAGAGCUGGGUGCAGACCUGGGACUGCGGGGCGGUUGGGUGUCAGGGUGCGCCUCCGUUUCGGGAGGCCGGGCAGUGCCGUGCUGCGUGGCACGGUCUGGCCCCAGCCCUGGUGCGGCGUGUGCACGGGGAGCCCGCGGGCCACCAGCCAGUUCCAUUAAUUAGCAACUACAGCUGAUGAGUUUCUGCUGCCCUGGCCUGGCCACGUCACCACCAAGCACACUGCUUCCACUUUGGUUUUUGCUUUUGCUGGCAGAAGCAGAUAAAAGCCCCCCCCCCCCCAAAUUAGCUCACCAGCCUGAUGUGUGGCUGAUGUUCAUUGGGCACCCACACCAUGGAGGGGGUGAGCUUGGUGGGCUGUAGUGGGGUGCACCACAAGGUGACCCCAGCUUAGCCUGCCCCCCCCCCCCCCCCCAACUCUCCACAGAGUUUUGGCCACAAUGGAGGGGGCUGGGCUAGUGGGCAAGCACAUCCUGGUGACGGGUGGCACUGGCUUGGCGGGAAGAGCCAUCGAGAAGGUGGUGGCUGAUGGAGAGGGGCAGCUGGACGAGGAGUGGAUCUUCAUGUUCUUCAGAGAUGCUGACAUGAUGAGCACCACAGAGACCAAAGCCCUGUUUGAGCUGUGCAAGCCCACCCAUGUCAUCCACCUGGCUGCCAUGGUCGGAGGCCUCUUCAGAAACAUCUGCUACAACCUGGAUUUUUGGGGUGCAGGGUUUUGGGGGUCCCCACCCUGCAGAUCUGAGAAAUCUCUCCAUCCCCAGAGGAGAAACAUACUCAUCAACGACAAUGUCCUGCACUCGGCAUACGAGACAGGGGUGCAGAAGGUGGUCUCCUGCCUCUCCACCUGUAUCUUCCCAGACAAGAUGACAUACCCCAUUGAUGAGAGCAUGGUGAGCAUCUCUGUCCCUAGGCACCUCCCAGGAGACAUCCCUGCCCUGCUUAAUUCUCUUCUCUCCUAUCCCCAGAUUCACAAUGGGCCACCUCACAGCUCCAACUUUGGCUACUCCUAUGCCAAGAGGAUGAUCGACAUCCAGAAUAGGGGCUACUUUGAGCAGCAUGGCUGCCGCUUCACCACUGUCAUCCCCACCAACGUCUUUGGGCCACAUGACAACUUCAACAUCGAGGAUGGGCAUGUCUUGCCUGGGCUCAUCCACAAGGUCUACCUGGCCAAACAAACUGGCUCUGCUCUGACUGUCUGGGGCACUAGCAAGCCCAGAAGACAGUUCAUCUACUCUCUGGACCUGGCCCGGCUUUUCCUUUGGGUCCUGCGGGAAUACGAUGAGGUGGAGCCCAUCAUUUUGUCAGUGGGAGAAGAAGAUGAAGUGUCCAUCAGGGAGGCAGCAGAGGCAAUUGUGGAGGCCAUGGACUUCAGGGGAGAGCUUGUUUUUGAUACCACCAAGGCAGACGGGCCGUUCAAGAAGACGGCCAGCAAUGCCAAGCUGCGGCGCUACCUACCCAGCUUCCAGUUCACACCCUUCAGGCAAGCUGUGAAGGAGACCUGUGCCUGGUUCAACACUAACUACGCCAACGCCAGGAAGUGACAGGCCAACACAGCACUGGCACCGGCAUCAUCCUCUUCAACUCAGGGUUGUCCUUUUUUUGGGGUAGAGGACUGGGCUGGGGGAGUGCCAGUCACAUUCCCAAAGUAAAAGGGGGCCAGAGCCCAGUGAGCAGCCCCCACAUUCUUGCCCACUGCUGGGAGCGGCACAGGAUGCCCAGGGGAGGAAGUCUGGGGCACCCCAAAGGUGCUGACACCCCAGACCAGUUAGUAGCAGCCAGCUGGAGCCACCACUACCAGCCACCUUGGCUGUGUCCAAGAGUCUGGUGGUUCUGGCUGAGCUGUAAUGGGCUACACUGCUAAUUGCCUGUAAUUAGGCUGUAAUAAAGGGAAGGUGAUCAGGGUUCCUCUGGCACAGGAAUGGCAGCUGGGCAUUUGCUGUUGCUUUUGCACAUGAGGAUGGUCCCAACGCCCUAGCAUCAGGGGGACCAGAAUGAGGAAGGCACCAGCUGUAAAUAUGGAUUUAUUAAAAUAUUUCAAAAUAGCAUAAAACUGGUAAGAUAAGGAGCAUCCACCCUGCAGCACAGUCCUGUAUCCAUGUCAAAUUGCACCCUUAGGGUCCUGAGCACCAUUCUGCCAGGAUCUAGAAGAGCCAAAAAAGGGUUUUAAACUUCUCUGGGAGGGGGGCAGAGGGUCAAACAUGGAGGUACGAGUCCCUGACCAAGCCGCUGCAUGAGGCUUAACCAGUGGUGUGGAGAUGGCAGAAAUCCUGCCCAUGGAUGGCUUCUUUCCAGCAUUGCUGCUCAGCCCCAAUGAGCCCCUGGCAUGGGGACCAUAGGGACAGUAAGGACCUACAGAGGGAGGAGAGACCUGUCAGCACCCCAGGAAGCCCCCAGUGGGACUGUCCCCCCACGGUUGGGUCACUGGCUGCACCCCGAGGUGACCCCAGCCCCUGAUGUCCCUGGAGAAGGGAUGUCCUCUAUGGUUGGUACUCGUAUGUCGCUGGCUAGAGGCUGGCUCAGGCUGCAGGGUUUGGGCUCCCAGCACUUCCCACCACCCAUGGCUGGCUCCAGCAUCGCCUGGCUGAGGAAGAAGGGGUUUAGACAGGGCAUCCUGCAGCCCUGCAGGAGAUGUCCCUUGUCCCCUGAUGACAUGUAGGUCUUACAGGAUGUGCCUUGGCCAUCAUUGCAGGACAUACACCGCCACCCAAAAUUUCUCCCUGUGUGUCACAUCCCCAGCCCUGGCUCCUCUCCCAAUGAGGUAUCCUGCACCCAAAGGUGCACUGACAACGAGGACACCCCAGCCCUAGAGGGCCUGACCCUCAGGGGGACCUAGCUGGCCCCUAGGAGCAGGGUCUGGAUGAAUCUGGGGACAUCCCACCCAGCUCAGGCUUGCCCUAUACAAGCUCAGUUUUGUACUCCAGCCACCAGGGAUGGGUGACACCCGCCCUGGUAAACCAGGGAGGCCUCCUGCCGUCACUGGGUGCUGCUCCAGGUAUGAGAGCCCUGCAAGAACAUGGCAUGGGUGGUGACACUCCCAGCACUGCUGUCCUUAGGUAGACGGUGGGGACACCCUGGAAUGCUGUGCAUACCCUAGCAUAGUUUGGAGAUGCUCUGGGGUAAAACAUGCCCCAGCACAGGAUGGGGAUGUGCUGGGGCUUCAGAUCCCUGUGCUAGAGCCACUACACCUCCCACUUCAUGGUCGUCUCUCCCAUGUCCCCCUGCCCAGACAGCUCUCACCUUGCAGGCAGCUCAUCUCCCUCCUGUCCAGCUCUUCAUGCAAGAGCUUCAUUUCACACUUCCUGCAUGGGAAGAAGGAGAACUAGAGUCCCAUGGCAUUGGUGGCUUCUGUGUCACCAUCACGAUGGCAGCUCACUCACCAGCCUCCCCUCACCAAUGUCUGGGCAGAAAUAAACCAAGGAUCUAGGAUGAGAUAGCAAAAAGCUAUCAAGAUGUGUGCAGCCCACCCCUCUCCUCCUGAGGGCCAGCAGCCCAGCCCACCCCACGUGAAGACCAGCAGCCUUCCCCUCCCCUCCCCUCCCCUCCCCUCUCCUCUCCUCCCAUACCCUCCCCACCGCUCUCCUCUCCCGUCUCAUCCACUCUCGUCCCUUCUACACCCUUCUCUCCACUGCUCCGCUCUCAAUUCCUCUCCUGUUCCCCUCCUCUCCCCUGCCUGGCCUCUCCUCUCUCCUCCACUCCCCUCCCCGCCUAUCUCCACUCCUCUCCUCCUCUCUCCUCCCCCAUACAUCCCAUCCCAUCCCAUCCCAUCCCAUCCCAUCCCAUCC